CCUCUUUCUUUUUCACUUCUCUAAACGCUCACUCGGCUGCCAAAGCGCGUCCCGGCCCAGCAGCACAGGUCCACGCGGGCUCCUCUGAACAAGCGAGGAGUUCUUGAGUCCGAAUAAUGCCUGCUUUGUGUCCCGCAUAGGAGGGGUCUCCAGCGCAGGAAAAAGCCACUGCGAGAGCGAGAGAGGGAAGGAGCGAGAGUCACAGACGACCAUGGAGUGUGUGUGUGUGUGUGUGUGUGUCGCUCUCCCGGAGGCGUAGAGCGCGUCGCCUCAUCGUCUCGGUCCCCUCUGACGGCAUGACGGCUCGUCCUCCUGUGGGCCGGACAGUGCAAGAGCCACAGAGCCUGGAGAACCACCUGCCGCAUCUCUUGGCAUUUCCUUCCAGUUGUCUGUGUGGAAUUUUUUGAGGAGGCUCUCGUCUAGAAGGCCAGACAGUUGCCCAUUUCAGCAGUUUAUUUCCUAUGCCACAGGGAAUCACUAGCAGGAUCUUUAUAUGCCAGGGGAUGUCAAUGGUAACGCCAUGGACAUGAACGUUUUCAACAGGAACUUGACAGGGAGAGACAGACACAUGCAUCAGGUGUUUCAGAGCACCCCUCUUGAUCUCAUUGAGGUCGGAAAAGGGCUAAAGUUUCAGACGGACCGCCCGCACCUGGUCAGCCUAGGAAAUGGCCGCUUCAGUACAGCCAUCACUCUUUUGCCACUUUCAGAGGGCAGGACAAGCUUUGGGCAUGGAGAUGUUGACAUCAGUAUCCAGGGUCCAGGUAUCGCAGAGCUACAUUGCUACAUAGAAAACAAAUCAGGAGUCAUCAGCCUCUACCCAUGUGGGAAUGAAUGUGCCAUCGAUGGUGUCCGGGUCACACAGCCUGUUCGUCUCUCUCAAGGCUGCAUGCUGUGUUUGGGCCAGGCCUCCGUCUUCCGCUUUAACCACCCCGAGGAGGCCUCCGGAAUGAAGAGCAUGAUGCCCGAGGCUAGCCGGUCCCCUCUCCACUCAGACCCCAAGGGCCUAGUCAAUGGGAACUAUCCACCAAGUCAACCGGACUUGCACUCGCCCCCCCGUACGAAGGUGCAUCCCGAGCACAGUGCCAUCGUCAGCUCCAUCGAGAGGGACCUGCAGGACAUUAUGGACUCGUUAGCCAUGGAAGACCCCCAGCCUUCCUCCUCCGCUCAGCCCAAAGAGCCUUACGGCCAGCCCUCAGCCUCGCGCUCGCAGCAGCAGCAGCUGUCCCCGGUGGUGAUGAACGGAGGAGGCUGCUACCUGUCCCCCCCCACCAGCCCCGGCGCCAUGUCGGUGGGCUCCAGCUACGAGAAUACCUCGCCCCCGUUCUCCCCGCUCUCCUCUCCCUCGCCGGUCAGCAGCGGGAGCUUCAACAGCCCGUUGCACGGCGGCGGUGGAGGCGGUCAGGAGCAGGGCUCUCCUCUCCCCCCCGUGCCUCUCAGGUCCUCCAGUUACAACUUCACUAGCCAGCCCCCCGUCCCCCAGCCGCUCGCGCCCCUGUCCGUGUUCACCGGCGGGCAGAGGGUUCCGGAGAGCCCCCGCUUCCAGAGGAAGGCCCUGCUGGAGACGCCCCCGAGCCCCAAGCCGGCCCGCCGCAACAACGUGAAUCAGGACGGCUCGGCGGGGAAGGAUCCGGACAUCCAGAGACACGUGCACAUGUUUCCGACCGUCUCCAUCUCGCCCCCCAGCGACCCCCAGUCUGCGGGGCGGAUAGGGGUGCCCGGCGGCGGCGGCCACAGGUCCUCGCCCAGACUGCCCGGCGGCUCCUCCCCCUCCAGCCCGCGCAUGAAGCGGGCCGGCGUCGCUGCUCAGGAGCGCCCGGCGUGUCUGUUCCGCGAGCAGCCCCAGGUGGACUUCUCGCCCACCUCCAUGUCCUCGCUCCCGCUCCCGUCGUCGGCGUCCCGCUCCUUCCAGCCGCCCCUGGACCCCAUCGUCCACAUCGUCCAGGGCGGCAGCGCCCAGAUCCAGCAGUCGCCGCAGCAACAGCAGCAGCAGCAGCAGCAGCAGCAUCAUCAUCAUCAUUCGGCCACGCUGCAGCCCCCAAAGAGUCCCCGGCUGGUGCGCCGGACCCUGGAGAUGGACAGCGGGAGCCUGGGCAGCCUGACCAGUAGCAUGCGUGACCUCCCGCCCCUGUCCCCCUCCCUCUCCCGCCGAGGGGUGCCCGCCCUGUCCACCCUGAGGACCCCAGACAGUGCCUUGGCCAAGCUGGUCCCCGAAAGCCCCCGGCUCGGACGCAAGGCGGCGCCGGCGGGCGGACUGGGGUCCUUCUCCCCCCCCGAGGAGCAGUUCAGCCCGCGGCUGGUUCGGGCGCGGAGCCCCUCGCCCACCUCGGGUCUGCUCGGGGGGCCGGGCGAGGGCGGCCGGGGCCGGAAGGCCGGCUUCGCCACCAACCCGCUGUCGCCCUCCUUCAGCCUGGGCUCGCUGCCGGGCUCCUCGCCCGUGGCCAGCCCCCGGAGCCGCCGCAAGAUGUCCGGCGAGCUGCACGACCCGCGGCUGGCGCACCCGGGCAUGAGGCAGCGCAAGAACAGCAUCUCGGAGAUCAGCGACAACGAGGACGAGCUGCUGGAGUACCACCGGCGCCAGCACACCGAACGCCUCCGCGAACAGGAGAUGGAGCGACUGGAGCGGCAGAGGCUGGAGACCAUCCUGAACCUGUGUGCGGAGUACAACAAGCCUGACCUGGGCGAGCUGGGCCUCUCCAUGGACACCCUGAGGAUGGGCUCCCCCCGCACGGCCCGCCGGCACCGGGGCAGCCUGGACGAGAACCACAAGGAGGACGGGGGCGGCGUGGAGGUCACGCAGCACGAGAACGGGUCAGCGGGCAUGGGCCUGGACGGUGGGCUGGAGCUGGGCUUCCUGGAGGAGGAACGGGUACGAGCCCUCAAACGGGUCGACGAGCUCAAGACCCGACUCACAGAGCUGGAGCAACAGCUGCAGGAGUCCAAGCAGGAGGCUGAGAUGGAGAGAGCCUUGCUACAGGGAGAGCGAGAUGCUGAACUGGAGCAGAUCCAAGCAGAGGAUGACAUCAUCAGUCAGCUGCAACACAAACUCACCCAGCUGGAGAGUGCCAUCCAAAGGGAGAAGGACAAGGAGCGAGCCAACGUGGACGCGGAGCGGGAGGCCCUGGCCAGGCUGCAGGACGGCUACACUGAGCUGCAGAACCAGCUCCAUAACUGCCCGGAGUCGCUGCGUGAGCAGCUACAGGAGCAGCUCAAAAGGGAGGCGGAGACGCUGGACGCGGAGACCAAGCAGUUCGAGGACCUGGAGUUCCAGCAGCUGGAGAAGGAGAGCAGCCUGGAGGAGGAGAAGGAGACCAUCAGCCAGCAGCUGCUCAAGGAGCGCCAGGACUACCACAGCAGCGUGCUCAGGAGGAAGGAGAAGGUGGCCACGCUGGAGAGUCAGGCCAGCCAGCUCGGCCUGCAGUCCAGUCAGGAGUGUGACCGGCUGGCCAAGGAGAGACUCCACACACUGCAGAUCCUGCAGAAGGAGAAAGAAAGGCUGUCUGGUUUGGAGAAGAGGUACCUCACUCUCACUGGAGGGCGAACUUUCCCAAAGAACUCCAACACCUUAAAAGAGGCGAAAGAGUACGUCACCGUCGGCCAGAUAAAUCAGAUCUAUGGGAUGCCGAAGGUGGAGUCCUCGCCCACCUCUCCGCUCCGCGCUAGUCCGUUUGCCUCCGUGGCGGCGGCGGCGGCCGACUCUAUCCUCCUCUCCUGUCUCCCCUCUCCGUAUAGUUCCUCCCUCUCUCUCUCUCCUGAGAUGUUUCGUUCCAAGCUGGACAGUGAUGCGGGCCAGACGGUCAUGAGGCCUAAAGUCAGUGUUGGGCUUUCACCUCCAUAUGGAACCGCCACUCUGGGUCGCAACACACCAUCAAGGAGCCCACUAAUGGUCCACCCGGGAACUGGCAGUCUGCCACGCAACCUGGCAGCCACACUGCAGGACAUCGAGACCAAGAGGCAGCUGGCCCUGCAGCAGAAAGGUCAGAUGGUGAUCGAGGAGCAGCGGCGGCGGUUAGCCGAGCUGAAGCAGAAGGCCCAGGCUGAGGCCCACUGCCAGUGGGAGGCGCUGCACGGCUCGCAGACGCACCUGAGCGCCCCGAUGCACUACGCUGCGCCGGCGCAUCCCAUCAUGCACCACUCCAUCCUGCACCACGAGCCGCCCUCGGCCGGCGAGCAGCCCUACGACACGCUCAGCUUGGAGAGCUCGGACAGCAUGGACACCAGCGUCUCCUCCGCCUGCUCCCCUGACAACAUCUCCAGUGCGAGUGGGAUGGAGAGCCAGAGGAUAGCGGAGAUGGAGAACAUGUUGAGAGAGGCACAGCUGGAGAGGGCCCGGCUCAUCGAGUCUCGCGAGCGGGAGGAGCAGGCCCGGAAGCUUCUCCUGGAGGAGGAGCGGCAGAGACGAGCCGCGGCCGAGCGACAGCUGCAGGAGCAGGCGGCCAUCAGGCAGCGCAUGGUGGACAAGGAGGUCAAGCUAAGGGCCAAGAACUUCUCUCAGGCUCGGCCCAUGACGCGUUACCUGCCCAUCCGCAAAGAAGAGUUCGACCUGCGCUCCCACAUCGAGUCCUCGGGUCACACGGUGGAGACCUGCGACCACGUUAUCCUCACCGAAAAGAUUUGCAAAGGCUACCUUGUCAAGAUGGGAGGGAAGAUCAAGUCCUGGAAGAAACGCUGGUUCGUCUUCGACCGCAUGAAAAGGACGUUUUCGUACUACGUAGAUAAACACGAGUCCAAGCUCAAGGGAAUCAUCUACUUCCAGGCGAUCGAGGAGGUUUACUAUGACCAUUUGCGCAGUGCGACUAAGAGUCCCAACCAUUCGUUGACGUUCUGCGUGAAGACUCAUGACAGACUGUACUACGUGGUGGCCCCGUCCCCCGAAGCCAUGCGGAUAUGGAUGGACGUCAUAGUAACAGGGGCCGAAGGAUACACACAGUUUUUGAACUGAGCCUGUAUACGGAGUUCGAUGGUCAGGUUGUGCCAUUGAGGACAAAGAAGGAGACCUAUGACCCCUCCAUACUUGUCCCAAAACUCUCAGUGUUGGGGGAGAAUAGCCUUUUAAUUUGUAACUUUCCGUGUUUAUUGUGAAUAUUCAGUCCACUGUAUAGACACUAGAUUCACCUGUUUUCUACUUGUGCCUGCAUUUUAAAAAAGGGAGAUUUUGAAGACAUUAAGACACAUACUCUCAAAUGCCUUUUUUUGUUUGUUGUUGUUUUUGCCAACAGAGAUCUUUGUGUAGCAGUCAGGUGCUUCUUUGGUGUCUGCCACAGAUGACCUUUUCAAUCAACGUUUUGACAGUUUUACUUCUUUAUAUUUUGAAAAACAGUUGUCAUGGCAUGUUGCCAUACGAUGCCAAACUAGUGCUGUAACGUUUAUUCUUUCUGUUUUGUCUGAGUAGCUUGUCAUAUCAUUUGAGAUUGUCGAGGCGAGGAUUGCAGGGAUGUUUUAGUCCACAGACGGCACACUGACAGACAUGCCUGCAGUGAAGCGUGAGGAGUGAGAUAGACGUUGAGUGGCACAGGGGGUGGAGGUGGUGGUGGUGGAGGUUCGCUGCAGCACACAUCCGUACUCAGGCAUCGGCUGCGGUUUGAUACACUGACACCAUUGACUCCUUUUGAAGUAGGCCUAAUUAUAUCUGUCUGUAUUGUUACCGGUACAUACAUCAUUAAGGCGCAACGUACACACACACACACACACACACACACACACACACACACACACACACAUAUAUACACACACACAAUAGAUAUAUAUGCACACAUGCAUAAACCCACGCACGCACGCUCACACACACUCACACACACACACACACACACACACACACACACACACACACACAUACAGUGCGUAAAAUAUAACACUAGUGAUGGAUUUUAUAUAUUAUGAGCGUUGAAAUAUCAAGUAGAGUUAACUUGCCAAGACCUGAUAACUUGAUGCCAUGGCUGGACCCUCUCUGAAGGCAGCCCGUUAAGUUCAUCACUGCCAGCCUGCGUCGUGCACCAUGACAACGGAGGAACAACCGAGCUGGAUAUUUUCUUUCUUUUUUUUUUUUUUUUUUUUUUAACAGUAAUGCAAUUCAGUUUGUGCCUUGAUAGUCGUUUAUCACUACACAUGAAAAGAAAACAAAAGAAAAAAGAAUACAUGGGACAGUUAAGCUCUUGAAAACUGUGCUACUACAAAAAGCUACGAUCUGUGUGUACGUCAUAUGUUUACGUUUUUAAAAAAAGUGGAAUUAUCGAUGUGAUCGCAAAGAUUUGCACAGUGUGUGUGGAGUGACAGAGAGUAUGGCUGUUGUUUUUGGACUGUACAAUUACAUGACGGAGAAAGUAUGAGCUUAAAGGAGUGUUUCACCAAAAACAAAAACAGAAAAAGAAUCACCCUGAAAUAAUAGUCCGCUCUGUGCCACCUCUCUCGGCAGGUGAAACGCGUAUGACGUCUUUUCUGAGGAGAUCCAGUAGUGCGGGUCGGCCCAACCAAAAUGACUGCUUACCUUUGAUUUCUUGUGAGCUGUUUUUACAGUAUGCUGUGUGGUGGACUAGCCAUAGUGUUAUUUUCAGAUACAAAGGGAGUGAGUGAGUGAAUGUUUCUAAAACAGUGCUUUGUGCCGUCUGACACCAGAGAAUUGAUGGAUGAAUAUUAAUGGAUUGAUUUCAAUGAAUUGUUGUAAAAAGACAUCUGUGUGAGGAUUAUUGUUAGACUUACCACCCCCUAAAAAAAUUGUUGAAAGAGAAAAUGGAAAAAAACUGUGAAAUGUCGAAGUACAGUCUAUAGAAUUUACAAAGGCAUGAAAUGUGUAUUAAUAUAUCUGAUCAUUUUUUUAGAUUAUAAAAGAUGAAAAAAAGAAUAUCCUUGAUAAUAAGAGUCAGAAAACGCAAAAUCCCAGAACAGAGAGUAAAGCGGGGAAUUAAAGAUGAAUCUAGGUAUUUAUAAAGAGCUUGUCCAACAUAUCAAUUAUAACACUGUUAAGACCAAGGUGCUUCUGAGUUGUUUUACACCCAAUCAAAAUAUAUUAUGCACGUCCACCAUGUUCUGUACUAUCGCCAUGAUCUUGACUCUGUGUAACUGUUUAAUUGUCUAUACCUUUUCUUUUGUUGCUUGUGUUUUUUUUUUAAUUGUUAUUAUUUUAUUUCCGUAUGAAUUGUCACCACAAGGUUGAAUCAAGUGUUGUAAAAUGUUAAUGGCCAUAUUACAUACACAAAAGUAUUCACUGGUUUGUAUUAAAAAUGUGCUCUC